CACCACAACAACUAUAUUUUCAGUUAUCCAUUUCUGGAUACUCAACUUCUACACACAAAACUAUCAAACAUCACUUAAAUCCUGAGUUUUUGGAUCAAAUGGGUGUCUCAAGUAUUAUUUCUGUGAUGUUAUUGCUUGUACUAAUCAAUUUAUGCAAUAAUAUCAAAGGAAUUGACGCUUUUCAUCAAGUUUAUGAAAAAUUGCAGUCUCAGUCAGUUGAGUCAGUGAAUCAUCUUCACAGAUCCGCUUUUCACUUUCAACCUCCAAAGCAUUGGAUUAACGAUCCAAAUGGUCCAUUGUACUACAAAGGUUUCUACCAUCUCUUCUACCAAUAUAACACCAAAGGUGCAGUUUGGGGUAAUAUUGUGUGGGCGCAUUCGGUUUCCAAAGACUUGGUGAAUUGGGAGGCUCUUGAACAUGCCAUCUAUCCCUCCAAAUGGUUCGACAUCAAAGGUACAUGGUCCGGUUCAAUAACACUCGUACCGGGAAAAGGACCGGUUAUCCUCUAUACCGGCAUUAACCAAAACGAAACUCAAAUCCAAAACUACGCAAUCCCGGAGGAUCCCUCAGACCCAUACCUAAGAAAAUGGAUUAAACCAGAUGAUAAUCCGGUUGCAGUGCCAGAUUAUACCAUGAAUGGUUCAGACUUUCGUGACCCAACCACGGCCUGGUUUUCCAAAGACGGACAUUGGAGAACCGUCGUGGGGUCAAGAAGAAAGCAUAGAGGAAUCGGAUAUAUCUACAGAAGCAAAGAUUUUAAGCAUUGGGUCAAAGCUAAGCACCCUAUCCACUCCAAAGAAUCCACCGGUAUGUGGGAAUGUCCUGACUUCUUCCCGGUUUCCACAACCGAUUUUGAGAACGGUUUGGACUUAGAUUACGCCGGUCCAAGCGCUAAGCACGUGUUGAAAGUUAGCUUGGACAUGACACGGUACGAGUAUUACACGCUUGGCAAAUACUAUCCUAACAAGGACCGUUAUGUACCAAACGGUGAAUCGCCAGAUGGCUGGGACGGUUUAAGAUUUGAUUACGGUAACUUCUAUGCCUCCAAGACAUUCUUUGACUACAAAAAGAACAGAAGAAUCUUGUGGGGUUGGGCUAAUGAAUCUGACACCGUUGAAGAUGAUAUAUCCAAGGGCUGGGCUGGUCUUCAGGUAAUUCCAAGAACGGUGCUUCUUGACUCAACAAACAAGAAACAACUAGAGUUUUGGCCUAUUGAAGAAAUAAAAUCAUUAAGAAGUAGUUAUGUCCGAAUGAACAACAAAGACAUCAAGAUGGGUCAACGCUUAGAAGUCAAAGGAAUCACUCCUGCCCAGGCCGAUGUGGAAGUGACAUUCAACGUUGGAAGUCUAGAGAAAGCUGAGCCAUUCGACCCGAGCUACACAUACAAGCCGUUAGAUUUGUGUAGAGUGAAAGGCUCGAACGUGACAGGUGGUGUUGGACCUUUUGGUCUGAUCACAUUAGCCACCCCUGAUCUGGAAGAGUACACUCCUGUCUUCUUUAGAGUCUUCAAAGGCACUUCCAUAAAUAAGCCUAAGGUCCUCAUGUGCUCCGAUGCUAGACCUUCGUCCUUAAAGCAAGACAGGGGUCCACUCAAACAAGAUAGGAUGUAUAAGCCACCAUUUGCUGGUUUUGUGGAUGUUGACCUAACUGAUGGAAGGAUCUCUCUAAGGAGUUUGAUUGACCAUUCGGUAGUAGAGAGCUUUGGAGCGUUAGGGAAGACAGUGAUAACGUCAAGAGUGUAUCCGAUAAAAGCAGUGAAAGAGAAUGCACAUUUGUAUGUGUUUAAUAAUGGAACACAAACUGUGAACGUAGAGAGUCUUGAUGCUUGGAGCAUGGAGAGGCCUUUGCAGAUGAAUAAUGGAGCUACUUAAUUAUAGAUCCUUUAGCGUUGGUUAGUUAUUAAUGCGACAUUAAAAUAGAGAAAAUUUGGAGCUUUCUGUUUAGCAAUUUGAUUAGAUAAGUCUAUGUUUUAUAUAUGGACGUCUUGUACCUUUCCACUAAUCACUCAAUAAAAAUAAUUUUAGAAUGCAAA